AUGCAUAGUUCCAAGAACAAAGAUCUUCAGACGAAAUGUGACUCUGUGAUGGGCAACUUGCGAGAAUUAUAUGAGAAGCGACUCAAACCGUUGGAAACCACCUACUUGUUUUCCUCUUUUCAUUCACCACCCCUGGAUGCGGGUGACUUCACCGCCAAACCAAUGAUUUUACUUCUAGGGCAGUACUCCACUGGUAAAACUACUUUCAUUCGAUAUUUGCUUGGAUCUGAUUUUCCUGGAAUGCGUAUUGGACCGGAACCGACAACAGAUCGAUUCAUGGUUGUCAUGGAUGGUGAAGAAGGAAUUGUCCCUGGAAACGCUUUGGUUGUCGACGCACAAAAACCGUUCCGUCCGCUCAGUCGCUUCGGAAAUCACUUCUUAAAUCGGUUUCAAUGUAGCAUGAUUCACAGUCCGGUGUUGGAGAGCGUUACCAUUGUGGACACACCCGGUAUUCUGAGUGGAGAGAAACAACGUGUAGACCGAGGAUACGACUUCACAGCGGUUGUGCGAUGGUUUGCGGAAGCUUGUGAUCGGAUUAUUUUGCUGUUUGAUGCACACAAACUUGACAUAUCAGAUGAGUUCCGUCGUGUUAUUGUCGCCCUACGGGGAUUUGAUGACAAGAUACGUAUUGUUCUAAACAAGGCCGAUUCUGUGGACUCACAACAGUUGAUGCGUGUCUACGGCGCUCUCAUGUGGGGAUUAGGUAAAGUUCUCGGCACACCGGAGGUUGUUCGUGUGCAUAUCGGUUCUUUCUGGGAUAAGCCAUUACAUUUUGCACACAAUCGACGAUUGUUCGAAUUAGAGGCUCAAGAUUUGUUCAAGGAUCUCCAGACCCUUCCAGCCAAUGCAACUAUGCGAAAAUUGAAUGAUCUUAUUCGUCGAGCGCGCCUGGCUAAGGUUCAUGCACUGAUUAUUGGGACCCUGAAGAAAGAAAUGCCUAGUUUAUUGGGCAAAUCGAAAAAGAAACAAGAAUUGAUAGAUAAAUUGGAUCAGACUUUCGGGAGCAUAUCCCGACAAUACCAUAUACCAUUGGGUGAUUUUCCCGAAAUUGCUCAAAUGCAGACUCAGUUGGGCGAUAAAGAUUUCUCCGCGUUCCCACCACUGAGAACCAAAAUGAUUGACCAUGUGGACGCGGUACUAAGUGAGGAAAUCCCCAAACUUAUNUCCUCAGGCUCUAGGAAAGUAGGUGUAGAUGAGGAACAAAUGGCCAGCAUGGAGCUUGGACAUGGUUUGGUUAAAGGUGGUGCGUUUGAUGGGAAUAUCGGAGAUAGUCCGUUUACAGUGGACGCUAACAUGGGUAUCAAUCAGGGCAAAUACGACAGUGGCUGGAUUGUGGAUCGAUACCGUGCCGAAUGGGACAAGAUUUUCCAAUCGUUGAACCCGGAAAAUGGACGUCUUACUGGCGGAGCCGUUAAACAGCACAUGCUUGCCUCACAAUUACCCAACUCAGUACUGCGUCAAGUUUGGUCCCUGGCUGAUGUAGAUGCUGACGGCCACCUGAAUUCGGAUGAAUUCGCAUUAGCUAACUAUCUGAUCAAACUAAUUUUGGACGGAAAUGAGCUACCGUCUAAAUUACCCACACAUCUACUACCGCCCAGCUGUCGUCCAGCUGAAAACAAACCGGUCUCCGUAGUGACCAAUGGAGUUAAAGAUUAA